AUGAAACCCCCACCAACAACGUCAACCCCCCUUUUCCACCUCGCCCUCCCCCUCCUCCUCCUCACCACCCUCCCCGCCACCGCCCAAGCCCAAAGACAAUGCUUCCUCCCCAACGGCGCCAGCAGCGAGGACGUACCCUGCGACCCCGACGCAGAAGUCAGCAUGUGCUGUGGCAGCGCCGACCUGUGCCUCUCGUCAGGGCUCUGCCGCAACCCGGGCACGGGGCCGGACGACGGCAAUAGCUACGCGCGCGGCACGUGUACUGACAGGGAGUGGGCGAGCGACGUGUGUCCGCAGAGGUGUCGGAUUAAUCCGGACGCGGCGACGAACUCAUCGGCGUACGAUUUUGGGGCGGGUGGUGUGCAAGUGUGGGGGUGCUCGCACGAUGGAUAUGCUGAGCCUGCGGCGUAUUGCUGCGAGUCGGCGCGGGAGAAGACAGCGUGCUGUCAGACGCAGGCCGCCGUGUUUUCGCUCCCAGGGGCGAGCAUCGGGAACGCCCUGGCUGUGCAGACCUUUCCGCUGCCGGAUUCCGAAACGAGUACCACGGCCUCGAGUACCUCUUCAGGGCAGACGACGGGCCCAACAGCAACUUCGGCAACGUCAGUGUCAGAAACAGGGCACACCACGGCUAGCUCGUCGUCAACAUCAUCGGCAGAGGCAAGCUCGGGUUCGGUUGGCUUGAGCGAAGGGGCCAAAAUGGGCCUCGGCAUUGGCAUUGGUAUUGGUGUAGCAGGCCUGAUUUCGGCGGCCAUCUUGGUAUGGUACUGGAUGCGGAAUCGAGGACCGAAGGCGAUACCGGCAGCAGGUCCGCGGCACCACGAACUUUAUUCGGGAGGUGGUAGAUCCGAACUGCCAGAGGGAGUCAUGCUAAUGAAGGCAUCCCCAAAUGAACUAAGUGGUGAUCAUGGAGGGUUCGAGCUGCAUACGGCGGAGAAUCGACCUUCUGAGUUGUACGCUGUUGGGGACAUGUGGAAGACUCAACACAGCCCAGAGCUCCAUGCAGGCGGUGAAAAUGCGCCAGCUGAGAUGGCGGAAACAUCGACCCCGGUCAUCAAACUUGUCCACGACUACCCUUACAAAGACAAGCACGGUUGUCCGACCCUAUAUCGACGGCCACUUGGUAUCGUAAAAAUGCAGCAGGAAUACGACAGCUUCGACGCCGACCUGCUCUCCACGGGACUCUUUUCCGAUGUCAUAAUCCAGUGUGCUGGCCGGAUCUGGAAGCUCCAUAAGAAUAUUCUUUGCUCGCGCAGCGAGUGGUUUAACAGGGCGCUAACUGGGAAUUUUAAAGAGGCGAGGACGGACGUGGUCGAGAUACAGGAUUUCAACCCGGAGGUCGUUGAUUGUCUGAUAACCUACAUUUAUACCGGAGUUUAUGAUAUCCCCUCCUGGCAGGAAAAGAUCACGCAUACUCGCGGGCACAAGACUCCCUUCGUGGUUUGCUACGAAAUCUAUACGGUGGCUGACUUCUUCGCCGCUACCUCGCUCGCUGCCAUGGCCCUCAACACCCUCGUGGAGGGGCUUGACACAAAGCUCGAGCCUCUUCAGCUUGACCAAACCGCGGCCAAUGAAUACCUCCCGGAGCUUCUGGAUGCCCUACGCCGCCUGUACACCCAUGACCCCACGGCGGUUGACAGAUCGGACGACAUGUCCCCCAUCCGCACCGCCUUCGUCCAUUUCGCCUACAUGGCGCGCUUUUCGCUCCUCGCACUCCCGCUGUUCAACCGGUUUCUCGACGAGGAGGCACCCGCCUUCGCGCUCGACCUCUUUCGCGCCAUGCGCCAGAGCUGCGACUUCUUGGCCUGGGCACCUAAGAGGUGCACGUACUGCAAGGCAAAGGCCGGCAAGUCCCAGUAUGGCGAAAAGAACCACUUCACACACCUCACGCCCGAUAUUCUAAAGCUACUUGCCUGCUGUUCCAAAUGUGCCAGGAUUGGAAAGCUCGGCCCUCCGGAGAGCGACUGGGCUGAGAAGGUUGAGCUCACCGGCAUCAUCAGCGAAACGAGUGCCGAGAUGGGGUCGCCGCCGUUCGCCUCCCCGGCAGACCUCCUGCACCGGGAGGAAUCUUAG